GCAAUUAAAAAUUUUUGCUUUCCAGCCCCCUCACUUUUUCGUUUUGCUAAAAUUUCUAUCCACUCUCAUGUUUUAAGUAAGAUUUGCAUAGCAUUUUCCUUGUUAUAGUUUUCCUCCAAGAUAUUCUAACAAUGGAAUUCUCUUCUACCAAAAGUAAUGAGAAAGAAGACCAUAGGUCUGAUCUAAAAACUCUCAACUUAUACAACGAGAUAAUAUCAACCCUCCCAAAAAGAAACGGAUGGAAAUCAGAUGAAGUCUACCAGUAUCAGGGAUUUUGGCACACUUUCUUCUACUUAGAAGGACUCUUGUCAGCUCAACAACAUUUCAAGCCACAAACCAACGACAUUAUUUUGAGCAGCUUUCCAAAAUCCGGCACAACAUGGCUUAAGGCAUUGUCUUUUGCCAUCGUGACAAGAUCCAGUUUUGACAUCUCUGCAAACCCUUUACUCACAACAAUGCCACAUGAGUGUGUACUCUCCUUGGAGAGUGAUCUAGCCCAUAAUUCAUUUCAUCGGAAUCAAGACACACCCCUUAUAGGUACGCAUGUUCCCUACACUUCCUUACCAAAAUCUAUAAUAGAUUCUAGGUGCAAAAUAAUUUAUAUAUGUAGAGAUCCUAAGGAUACAUUUGUAUCUCUAUGGCACUUUCUUUACAAUGCAAGUUUUAAGGGUGUGGAUUCCUCAGCCAAAGAAGAUGCUGACUUUGAGAAAGCAUUUGAGUUAUUUUGUGAUGGAGUAUCUUAUUAUGGACCAUAUUGGAAUCAUGUAUUAGGGUAUUGGAAAGCAAGCUUAGAAUCUCCUGAGAGGAUAUUAUUUUUAAAAUAUGAAGAUUUAAAAAAUGAAACCUUGUUUUAUGUAAAGAAAAUUGCUGAAUUUAUGGGUUAUCCUUUCUCUUUGGAGGAAGAAGACAAAAGAAUGGUUCAAAAGAUUGUAGACCUGUGUAGUUUUCAAAAUUUGUCCAGAUUGGAGGUGAAUAAAAGUGGACAGCUUCAUGGACGCGCUUACUUGAUUGAAAAAAAUGCAUUUUUCCGAAAAGGUGAGGCUGGAGAUUGGAAGAAUUAUCUUACACCCAUGAUGGCUGCACGUCUUGAUCAGAUAACAGAGCAAAAACUAAGAAGUUCUGGCUUGACAUUUAAUGUUGGAUCUAAAGUUUGAAUUGGUAGAUGCAUGGGAGGUUUACACUCUUGUAGUGGAACUUUUGCACCAAGUGUUUUGAUGAGCGUACCUUCAUUUUCAUUUAGCUAGGAACCAGGCCAUAAUGGUCAUAUAUCAUUGUUUGGCAAUAUAUUUAGUAAUAUAUCACUCUUUGUGAAAUAUUUAGCAAUCUAACACCUUUUUGAAACUUGAGUUUGUGAAAUUUAAGUUUAUCGUGUAACUCGAGUUCUAGAAAUUUGAGUUCUUUGAAAACAUAUCUUUCAAAUUUUCAGUAUUAUUUUUUAUGAAACUUGAGUUACAUCCAAAAAAUUUCAUGAAACUCUUGUUUGUGAAACUCGAGUUAUAUGGCAAAUUUGAGUUUAACUUGAGUUUUAUAAACUAGAGUUUUAAAAAAGUGAUAAAUUUCUAAUUAUUUCGCAUAUAAUGGUAGAUUCAUACAUAUUUUGCCAAACAAUGGUACUUGGCCAUUUUGGCCCUACGAACCACUUGUUGUUUAUUAUAUUAGUAGUUAAUAAGGUGUGCAGGAACAAACCCACGACUGAUUCCUGUUCACGUGUGUGUGUGCACUUUUAUUUAUUUAUUAUUUUUUAUGAUCCAUUGUUCGAAGUAUUUGUUAUGUUUAUUUUUUUGCUGAAUGAAGUAUUUGUGAAGUUUUUUCUC